UAAUAAGAAUCAAGACCACACCCCUAUCCAGUUAAUUAAAUAUUAUUUUGCUUGAGUCGUCAUCUUUCCACCUCUUUUAUAAGUUUUAUGAUGAGUGAAGCUGUAUUAAUUGAGACUUCAGUGGGUGAUAUCCCUCAGGUUCUGGAUAAGAUUCGCGCCGGAUUUAAAAAGAGGCAGAGUUGGAGCGAUUUUGAGCAGAAGCAGCAUGCACUCUCUCAGCUCAAGGCUCUCAAGAGACUUUUUGAUGAGAACAUGGAUCAAAUAACAGCUGCAUUGAAGGCUGACCUAAACAAAAGUGAAGUUGAGUCAAUCGGGUUGGAAUUAAACGUAGUCCGUGCCGAUAUCAUUGAAGCUAUAAGAGACUUCUACAAGUGGACUGCCCCCCAAUAUGUUGCUAAGGGCGUGGCUAACAUGAUGGACGAUUGCUACAUGAAGCCAGAGCCUCACGGAGUUGGGCUCAUCAUUGGGGCUUGGAAUUAUCCGUUCCAAUUGGUUACGCUUCCUCUAGUUGGAGCUAUUGCAGCUGGGAAUGCUAUCAUUAUAAAACCGUCAGAGCUGUCCAUAAACACUUCCAAUCUAGUGUACGACCUUAUUCCUAAGUACCUGGACAAUGAUUUUUAUGCAGUUGUUACCGGAGGAGCUGACGUAGCCCAGUGCCUCUUAAAGGAGAGAUUUGAUCACAUAUUCUAUACAGGAAGUACUCACGUUGGCAAGAUUGUAAUGAAAGCAGCUGCGGAACAUUUGACACCUGUAACGUUAGAACUUGGAGGGAAAAGUCCUGUAAUAGUUGCUGAUGAUGCUAACAUUGAUGUAGCCGCCCGAAGGAUCAUGUGGGGGAAACUAGCCAAUGCCGGUCAGACUUGCAUUGCCCCAGACUAUGUGAUGUGCUCUGAGAGUGUUCGUGAUCGAUUUGUUGACAGCUGCAAAAAAGCAGCAGAGCAGUUCUUUGGAAAGGAUCCUUCAAAAUCCUCAGAUUACUGUCGCAUUGUUAAUACAAGGCAUUUCAAGCGUGUUACUGGUCUAAUGGAAGCAACAAAAGGUACCUGUGUCUCUGAGGUUGUCACUGAUGAGGACCAGAGGUACAUAUCACCAGCUUUGUAUGUUGGAGUCACAGAGGAUGACCCUCUCUUGAAGGAAGAGAUAUUUGGUCCUCUCCUUCCAAUAUUGACGGUAUCAAGCAUUGAUGAAGCUAUCCAGUUUGUUAAUGAGAGGGAGAAGCCGCUAGCUUUCUACGUCUUCACUGAAAACAGCAAGACGUUUCAUUACAUAUCAAGUCGUACCAGUAGUGGUGCUCUUGUUCAGAAUACCGUCUUCUUCCAAGCUGGAAUUAAUACUCUGCCGUUUGGUGGAGUCGGUAACAGUGGUAUAGGAGCUUACCAUGGGAAGCACACAUUUGAUACAUACUCACACAUGAAACCAAUUCUUAGGACUGGGACUAAAAUGGACUUUUUACUAAAGGUGAUCUAUCCACCACACAACAAGUCAAAGAUAAAGCAGUUUAACUUCCUCCAGCUGCCCUCAUCCCGCCAAUGGAGUCUGCGUCCUUAUCUUAUAAUUCUACUUGUUCUUGUGAUAGCAGCUGCUGUUAAGGUUUACGGACUACCCAGUUUUUUGUACAAGUUUUUCUGAUUGAGUGAGACAAUUUAUAAAGUGUGAUUUCGUAUGCUUUGCUGUAAAAAACAAAAUAUGAUUGUGUCUAAAUUUUUGUCUUGCGUGUUUUUUUUGAUGUAAAAAAAUAAUAUAAAACAAUAAAAA